UUGUUUAAGUCACACUUAGAGAGCGUACUUCUAGGAAACUUGGCAAGUAGAAUCCGAUAGUCGAGCGCUUCCGUAUCCGGUGAGCUUAGGAGAUAAUAACGGGAUAGUUGAGCGUACUAAUUAUCCUAAGGUUGUUAGUAACGAGAUAAUGUGAAGAACGUAGUUAUAUAUCGAUUUGGUUUAUAUUUCGUGGUCUAGAAUGAAUUCUUAAUCAGUUUCAUCUCAUAUUUGAAUACAACUUUGUGAUUUUUCAGAAUUUUACAACAUACUCAUCUUUGCUAAGAGUAAUUCUAUAACAACUUUUGCUUAAUACACCUCCUUGGGACGAAUAUGCUUUCAUUAUAUUACUUGCUAGUGUAAAGAGAAGCAGAAAAUAUUAUUUGCGAGUUGACACCUCGUCAAAAUUGGCGUUGCUGCCGGGGAGGCAGUGGCAAGUUUAGUUGUUAUUUUUAUUCUUAGUUGUUACUUUUGCUUUUAUUUUCGAUUUUCAUUUACUCAUUAAAUCUUUGAAAGUCUGUUUUUUCAGGUACCAUUUCUUUGGCGAAUGCGUGGAGAGGGCAGACCAAGUCUUAUUGGUAUACGUUUUCGUUCGGGCACUUUACUAAAAGACUUCAUUCGAGCAGUGAAUACUCCACUUCCUCCUAGUUCUACACCAAGUGAAUUCUCGGACUCAGACAGAGAGGAAGACAACACAAUGGGAGGUCGACCACCUGCUCCAAGAACACUCAAGGAGCUCACUUCUCCAAAUAUUGACCAGUAGCCUUUAUGUAUUCAGUUGAAUGGAACCAUUGAGUUGAAGCCGCAAUUGAUUCACUUGCUGCCCAAAUUCAGAGGUUUAUCGGAAGAGGAUCCUAAUCAUCACUUGCAACAAUUCCAUCAUGUUGUGACUAGUUUGAAGCAAACAACUGCAGAUGUCGAUAUGGCUAUGAUGACAUCUUUUCCUUUCUCCCUUAAUGCUGCAGGAGAGUGGUUCUUUUGCUUACCCUCUGGAAGUAUAACCACAUGGAAUGGAAUGAAGAAGUUGUUCCUUGAGAAGUAUUUUACAGUAUCAAAAGCAGCAGUGAUUCGCAAAGAGAUUUGUGGUAUUAGGCAAGUAUCAGAAGAGGCUCUCUAUGAGUAUUUGGAGCGCUACAAGAAGUUUUUAUCUAGUUGUCCAUACCACCAAAUCAGUGAUCAACUUGUGAUUCAAUAAUAUUUCUAUGAGGGGUUGCUCUCUAAUGAUAGAAAUUUGAUUGAUGCCGCAAGUGGUGGUGGACUCACAAACAAAACCAUUGUUGAAGCUACAAGCUUGUUAGAAAACAUAACUCAACAAUUCUACACUCGAGGUGAACCAGUGGUAAGACAAGUGAAUGAAGUUGGUGAUUCUUCACAUAUGGAACAUAGAAUGGGUAACAUGGAGAGGAUCAUGCAACAAAUAGCAGCUGCUAUCAUACCAUCAUCACACACCGAAGAUGUUGAGCAAGCAAGUGCUAUGUACCAAAAUCAACAAAGGCCGAGGUAUGAUCCGUACUCCACCACAUAAAAUCCAGGUUGGCGAGAUCAUCCGAAUUUCAGUUACGCCAACAAGCAAGCUGCAGAAAAUCCUACUUUCAAUCAAUAAGGAGGGUACCAAUUCAUGCAAAGACCACAACAAGAAACUCAAUGUACAAUUGUGGAUGAUAAGUUUACUCUUAUGAUGCAAAGUAUGCAAGAGAUUUCAAAGACAAUGCAAGGGUUCAAUCAAUUCCAGCAGAAAUCCGAGAUGGCUAUGAGAGAUGUGCAAAACCAAGUUAGUCAAUUGGCUAAUGAUAUGAAUCAAUUCAAGGCACAAGGAUCUGGAAAACUUCCUUCACAACCACUGCAUCAUAAAGAGAGUGCCAAUGCUAUUGAGCUGCGAAGUGGGAAGCAACUAGAGAAACCGGCAACAUCACCGGUGUCCAAUGAACCUGAUUUGGAGAAAGAAGAGGGUGAAACAGCCCCUAAAAAGGCUGACCCGGUAACAAAUUCUAAUUCUAAAACUCGUGUUUCUACUUAUGCUACUCCUCCGUAUUUUCCUAGCAGGUUUGCAAAGUCGAACAAGGAGACAUUGUACCAAGAGAUUUGGGAGAUCUUUAAGAAGAUUGAAGUGAACAUUCCACUCAUUGAGGCGAUAAAGCAGGUUCCUCGAUAUGCAAAGUUCUUGGAGGAAUUGUGCACUAACAAGCACAAAUUGACCGGUAAUGAGGUAUUGAGUGUGGGGGAGAAUGCUUCGACAUAUCUUCAAAAGAAACUCCCACCUAAGUUGAAAGAUCCCGGUAGUUUCACCAUACCAUGUACUAUUGGUAAAAUCAGGUUUGAACGUGCUUUGUUAGAUUUAGGAGCAUCCAUUAAUGUUAUACCUGCCUCCAUCUAUGAAUCAUUGGAUCUUGGUCCUCUUAAAGAUACCGGUAUUGUUAUACAACUUGUUGAUAGGUCUAAUACUCACCCCAAAGGGGUUAUUGAAGAUGUUUUGGUGCAGAUUAAUCAGCUCAUUUUUCCGGUGGAUUUCUAUGUUCUUGACAUGAUGGAUGAAGAUUCACCAUCGUCUACUCCCUUGCUGUUGGGUAGACCUUUCAUGCGAGCCGCAAGAACAAAGAUAGAUGUUUUCAAAGGCGCCUUAACUAUGGAAUUUGAUGAUGAGAUCAUAAGUUUCAAUAUAUUUGAGGCUAUGAGAUAUCCUAGUGAUGUGCAUUCAUGUUUUUCUAUUGAUAUUAUUGAUUCUCUAGCUCAACAGAUUUUUAAAUUGAACAGUGAUGAUGCUUUAGAAAACACCAUAGUGGAAGGUUUAGGUUAUGGAAAAUACAAAGACCUUGAAAGUGAAUUGUCUCUUUGUGAUGAGCAUAAAGAGGCACCUAUUCUUGAGUUGAAACCUCUUCCGGAUCACCUCAAAUACGUAUAUUUGGGUGAUAAGGAAGAGUUGUCGGUGAUCAUUGCCAAAGACCUUACCAAGGUGCAAGAGGAGAAACUUGUUCGAGUGCUCAGAGAGUACAAGUCUGCCAUUGGGUGGACCAUUUCCGAUAUCAAUGGAAUUAUCCCUUCCACAUGUAUGCACCAAAUACUUCUUGAGGAGGGGAAAAAACCAACAAGAGAAGCUCAACGUCGCUUGAACCCUCCAAUGAUGGAAGUAGUUCCUGAAGUUGUUGGAUAUCGGGGUUAUAUAUCCCAUAUCCGAUAGCAAAUAGGUGAUCCCGGUUCAAGUCGUUCCAAAGAAGUCUGGUAUCACCGUGGUAAAAAACGAAGAUAAUGACUUGGUUCCAACUAGAAUCCAGACCGGUUGGAGAGUUUGCAUUGACUAUCGAAAGCUCAACUCUACCACCCGAAAGGACCAUUUUCCCUUACCAUUCAUUGAUCAAAUGCUUGAAGAUUGGUUGGACACUCUCACUAUUGCUUUCUUGAAGGUUUUUCAGGUUAUAACCAGAUUGUAAUAGCUCCGAAAGAUCAAUAAAAGACGACGUUUACCUGUCCUUUUGG